AUGACUGCACCAUCAUGUCUGGGAGCCAGCACUGGUGGAGAAGCAAUUGGUUAUAUGGCAUAUAAUGUCACCCCAAAACACUCCUAUGUUGACCUGCAUGUCGACCGUGGAACAGAGACUAUAGCUACUGUCUGUCAUAAAGCUGUCAAGUUUUGGCUCUUGUGGCCCCCUACAUCCAAGAACGAACAAAGUUUCUAUUCCCAGGCUGAACAACACCAUGGAACAGGCACAAAGACUCCAACUUCAAAAAAAUCCAAAAAGCCAGAUCACAUCGUCACCGACAGGCUUUGUAGAAUUGGAAUCCAUCUUGAAGGGGGAAUGAUCACUAAAACUACCAACAAAGAGGCAUUGUUCAUCCCCGCUGGCUGGAUUCAUUGUGUCCUCACAACCGAAGGAGGCUUCCUGGCUGGUGUUACUUGGGGUAACACUACCCGCCUAGACACCUUAUUGCAUUGUCUUAAGCUGGAGGCCCAGUUUCAUCACAAGCUCGAAGAAAUGAUUCCCAAUGUCGAGUUCCUAAUGGAAAUCAUCAACAUCUUCUUCAAAGCGCCUUUCCAAGAGAGCAUAAAUCUUGGCAUGAAGAAAUGGCUACAACUGCUUGAUAUCUUGAAGGAAUCCGGCCUGGAAUGGGGAAAGGAGCCUCAUGUGAAGUCUCUUGCUAUCAUGAAGGUUCUCUCCAAGCAGAAGCUUGUCACACUUCCAGAAAGCUGUGUCUGUGGUUCAACAGCCGCCGAUAUGGCAGCUCACCUUUUAACUCACGUUUGGGGAACCGCGGCGCCUAGGCACAUUCUUAGGGGGUAA